UGAGCUUAAGCGAAUUGAGGCGGAUGUGAACCGCCGUGUUGGCCGAUUCAUCACUGGUCCGUCACCACACACACACAUGCAUAGAGAUCCACACAUCUCACACGCCGAGGGCUCACUGCAAAAUGACUGCUACUUCUUUAUACAAACAAACACUCAGAGAGGCAGACAGGACAUAAGCACUCGCGCCCCACACAGGACCCGACAUACGGCACCCGACACACACGCACACACACGGAUGGAUGUCCACACUCACAGACGUGAAGGCACGCCAACAGCACAGCACGCUAUUCACUUAGACAGCGGGGAGACACAGAUGCGGCGGAUCUCACCAGCAGUCAGUGCAGCCAAUGACCCACGUAUUCAUAUACACCGGCACACAAACAUACGCACGCACACGCACACCUCAGGGGCAGGCAAACGGAGGUGGGCUAUGUCCGCACACUCACUGCACACUGAGAAUCUCCAGCUCGUCAGCUGUGAAGUCCCAACUGCCCCCCAGCACGUAAUAGGGGCCACCAAGAACAGAGUGAUGAUACAGAGCCCCCAUAUAGCCCUCAGGCAUAGGCACACCCCAGCUCACACCGUGGAAGUGGGUGCACUCGCGGAUGUCAUCACGCGACCAACCAUUGCCAUUGCCCAACCACAAGCCGCCGACAGUCACUCUCGCGUUUCUUCGGGGCACAAACCCCCUCCUAGACGCCACCAAGACAAUCUUCUGUAAAGGCGACCACUUGGUGGCAUUCUCAUAGUGGCCCGCCAGGGAGAACAACCACACGUCACUGCCGUAUCCGUGCCACCCCGGCAUCAUGCCGCUGCCAUCGAAGGCGGGCAGCCUGAUGCCCUCACUGAUGUAGACGCCGAAGACGUACUGGGCGUUGCGGAUGACAAUCACCAGGUCGGUCUUGUUCCCAACACGAUCCAGCAUAUCGCCGUAUGUUACACCGUUGCGGGAAGCCCUACAUGUCACACACACACACACAGAGGACAGACAGCCACUGCUGAUGAUUUGGUGCGGGAACCCAAGUGUGCCUUGUCUGUAUGUGGGAGUAUACGCACCGGUAGAGCAUUGUGAGUGCUGUGUCGUUGCCCAGCAGACCACGCAGGUUGUCAUACUCUGACUGAGACAGCGAGGAGUCCGAUGGCGGCCGACUCUCCUGUAGACGACGAACCUGCACACACAAGCAACAGACAGACCGACAGACACUGAGUGGAGGGACAGUGCAUCUCGACCUGAGCUGGCUGAUGGUGCGUGUGUGCGCGUUCGUGUGGUACAUACCUGUGUUGUGUUUGUGGGCGACAUGAAGGCAUCGCUGCCCGUCACACAGAGGGCGAGCGUGACGGCCAAGGCCAGCAGCAUCAUGCCACGCAGAGCCACCAUUCUGCGCACGUGGAGGGAACGAAGGACAGCACGCAGCUAGUCUGUCGUGUGUGGGAGUGGGUGUUGAUGGUAUCGACGGAACGAGGAUGUCCACU